ACCCAGCAAUUUUAUAUUCACAAAAAUAUAAUAUAAAAAAUAAUCCCCCAUAUAGUUAUCAUAUCUUUAGAUACACAUCGAUCCCUUCAAAACCUCACAUUUCCAAAAAGUAACCAAAUUAACAAAAUGGCCACCAUAACAUCACCACCCGCAUUCCCAUUCUCCGGCCUCACUUCCACCACCAAACCCCACCGCAUCUCCGCCACCUUUUCAUACUCUCUCCACCCUACCACCCUCCGCCGCCACACCCUCAAAUCCACCAAAAAAACAAUAACCGCCAUAAUCUCCGUCGGAGACAAACUCCCAGAUGCCACAUUAUCCUAUUUCGACUCUGACAACGAACUCCAAACAACAACAAUCUCAGACUUAACAAAAUCCAAAAAAACAAUAUUAUUCGCUGUCCCGGGUGCAUUCACACCCACGUGUUCACAAAAACACCUGCCGGGAUUCGUUGAGAAAUCAUCGGAGUUAAAGAAAAAAGGGGUGAACACGAUAGCGUGUAUUUCGGUGAAUGACGCAUUCGUGAUGAAAGCAUGGAAGGCUGACAGGAAUGUGGGUGAUGAGGUUUUGAUGUUGAGCGAUGGAAACGGCGAUUUCACGAAAGCAAUUGGGUGUGAAUUGGAUUUAAGUGAUAAUGCGAUUGGAUUGGGGGUGAGGUCCAGAAGAUAUGCGAUGCUGGUUGAAGAUGGCGUGGUUAAGGUUUUGAAUCUGGAAGAAGGUGGUGCUUUUACUUCUAGCAGUGCUGACGAUAUUCUUGCUCUUCUUUAAAUUUUACUUUCUGAUCAAUGUACGUGCUUGUUAAUUUCCUUUUUUAUUCUUGUUAAAGGGAAUAAUCCAUAUAGUUUAUAGAGUCAUAUUAAUUAAAUUGUGGAUUAAUGAUAAAAGUUAUCAACUUUUGUGUUUGUUGACCAGUUUUAUGUGAAGUUGAAAUUUGGAUGA